GAGGAGGCGACCCAAGAGACAGAGGAGGCGACCCGAGAGACAGAGGAGCUGAAAUGGACCCUGGGGUUCAUCCAGAAGUUUGACAUCUUUCCAAUCAAUGACUUCUGUCCUGCCAAAAAAGAAAUGCUACCUGUUUUACGACGAACCGGCUCCUUGGAAGACCUGGGAACAAAGUCGAAGGUUCUGUCAGGACAGACGAGCAGAUUUGGUUGUAAUUGAUGAUCUGGAGGAGCAGGAAUUUGUCAGCAAACAUGUCAAAUCCUACUUUGAAAUUCAGUGGGGAUACUGGCUGGGGUUACAACAAACCAACAACUCCUGGACCUGGGUUGAUGGACGCGUGGACACGCUUGGGUUCUGGAUGAAGGAGGAGCUCAAAACUCCAGGACCGAAAGCCAGGCUGAUGCCAGGAAGAAAUCCCUCAGAGAGCUGGAACCAAGCAGACAGUUUCUUCCAGAACAAAUUCAUCUGUGAGCAUGAAGCUUUCCCAAGUGUUCAUGAACUCUCACCUAAUGAACCUGUCUGGUUUGCACAGCCAGAGUGAGAUGUUGUUUUUCUGCAGCUGCUCAGAGACCAGACUGUCUCUCCAUUGUUCAGGAUUCCUUCUCAUUGGUAUAAAACCCACGUGUGGAUUCUGACUGACAGAGCAAACUCUGAGUCUGACCUGGAGCUUUAGUCUGACCUGUUCAUGAGUUUCUCAUCUUGUGGCUCUCAUGUCAUGAGCACGGCAUUAAAUAAACCUGACUGAGUGAUUUUCA